CAAAAGUGAUGUGGCAUUUCUGUUUCUUCAACGGGUUGGCCCUCGACAUCUAAGGAAUAUGGACGCUACACUACAUAUCCUAAGGCACCGUCAUUUCCUGGGCGACGCGAGUUCAAGCCAAGAAAUUCUUAGGUUGAAAGUCAUGAUAAAUACACCGUCCAGACGAUGAGCGCGGGCGAGACGGGCCUGCUAACGCGCUGGGUUCCGGAGCGGUUUAAGCACUCGGCCGCGUACCGGCUCCUACUCCGCCUCACACGAGUACUACAGUUACUGUCGGCCGUCAUCUCGCUGGGGAUCUUCUCGCAGCGCAUGUACAAGGUGUACCGGCUGGUCAAUUCGAUCAAGACGCGGCGCGGCGUCAACGAGUCCUACGGCGCCGUCGAGGGCAUCCUGGCUGCUGCUGUUCUGUAUACCCUAGCUGCUACUCUGCUGGGCCUGCUGCUUAAGGGCAGCGGCCCGCGCUGGCUGCGCUGGCUGUGGGUUAUGUUUGACGUCGCCUUUGUUGGUGCUUUUAUCGCCUUCGCCGUCCUCACCUCCCCCGACGGUGGCUUGGCCGGCCCCGGUCACUGCUAUGCCCCUGACCACCGCGAUGCUGCCGACGCUGGGAACCUCACGGGCAAGACCGCCAACAAGGCCGACGACUCGUGCAAUCUCCCCUAGAGCACGUUUAUACUAGCGAUUAUCAGCACGUAAAGUGUCCUCCACGCCGUCACAGCCGCCUUCCGUGAGGUGCGCGACCGCUACAAGGACCACCACCGGCACACCAGGGAGGCCGAGGCCGAGGCGCAGGUGAUUGCCAACCAGCAUCGGCCAGCGGAGGCUGGCUGUGCGCCACAGAACGGCCAGUACCUCGAGCCGGGGCCUGGCUACGGGGGCAGAUCGGAGCCGAGGCCGUUUCAGUAGAAUUAGGAAAAGAGGCAGGGCUCUGUAGAAAAUAAAUACCUACCUUUGUAAAAAGUUGCAUGUUCUCUUCGUUAUACAUACACUUUGGCGU